CCGUGUGCGUGUGUGUGCACCUGGCAUGGCGUGUGUGCUGGGGCGUGCGUGAGGUCAAUGUGUGGCGGGGAAGAGCCGUGUGGGAAGAACCGGGGAUGUGGUGGGCUCUAGUGUGUUUGUGUGUCUGUGUGAUAUUCAUGAUUUAUUCCCGUGGCUGGUAGGUCGGCUGUGUUGUGGCGUAUUACUGGAUAUUUAGUUGCAGACACCAUGUGGGAAUUGGAGGAUUUCACCAAAAUUCGCAGGUGGUAUGCCCUGCACCUUCUGCUCUGCGUCACCUUCUUCAUAUCCGGCGUGAUAAUAAAUGCCGCUCAAUUCCUCCUAUACAUUACACUCAGACCAUUCAACAAACGCCUCUACUGCAGCAUUAACUACUACCUCAUGUACUCUCUCAUGUCCCAAGUUUUGUUUCUUGCUGAGUGGUGGUCUGGCUCUGAUGUGAGGGUCUUUGCAUCGGAUGAGUCUUACCAGCACUGGGGAAAGGAGCAUGCACUCAUCAUCAUGAACCACACUUAUGAGGUGGACUGGCUCAUGGGGUGGAUUGUCGCUGAUCGGAGUCAAACUCUGGGGUCUGCAAAAGUGUUUGUCAAGAAAAUGAUGCAGUAUGUCCCAACAAUUGGGUGGGCCUGGCGAUUUUCUGAUGCAAUUUUCUUGAAUCGCAAAUGGGAAGAAGAUAAAACAGUCAUGGAGGUGCAGAUCAGGGAAUUCUUUGAUUAUCCAUAUCCAGUGUGGAUGCUGCUAUUUGCUGAGGGUACAAGAUUCACACCAGCCAAGCACAAAGCCAGCAUGGAGUUCGCUCGCAAGAGAGGUCUGCCAGAGCUGAAGAGACAUUUGAUUCCUCGCACUCGUGGAUUUGUCCAGUGUGUCCAGUCUCUUAAGGGGAACUUCCCAGUCAUAUAUGAUGUCACUGUAGGAUUCAACACCAAAGAGGGUGUUGCACCAACCCUGCAAAACAUGUUACGUGGAAGGAAGGUUAUGAGUGAAAUCUAUGUGCGUCGAAUCCCACUUGAUGAAGUUCCUGAUGAUGAUGAGGGUUCAUCUGCUUAUCUCCAUGAGCUCUACAGGUCAAAGGACCAGUUGCUUGAUAGUUACAUGAAAACUGGAAGCUUCACUAAAGAGAAUGAUCUGCCAGAUUAUCCAAGCCGUCCCAUGCCAAGGAGACCAUACUCACUCAUCAACAUGUUGUUAUGGGCUUCCUUUGUCCUCUCCCAGAUACUCCGCUUUUAUUACAAUCUCAUUGUUAGUGGGUCUCUGUUGUCUCUCUCCUUCGCUGUUGGUAUUGUCAUGUUUGCAUAUAUUGGACUCUACAAGAUGAUAGCAUUAACAAAAAUCGAAAAGGGAUCAGAAUAUGGAAGUACAGAUGCCAAGAAGGAAGAAUAAAGUACCUGUUUCAUGGUUAACUGUAUCCAUGUAAGGUAAGCCAUUUCAUCUCUGAACCUUUAGGGAUUUUCCACAUGAUUUUGUAAGCAGUGGUCUUAGAAAAGUUGGUGACUGAUGGACUUGAAGGAAUCUAUAAUAUUUGAUUUUUUGCACUAGAAUAUGAAGAUGUUUCUUGUGGAACAUUGACAUGGUUUGCAUACAAGUAGACUCCUACUUUCAUAUUAAGUACUGGAGUUGUAUUGCAAUGCUUUUAUAGUGCAAUUCGUUUUGUUCUAGUUUUUAUUGGAUUUUUUUCAUUUUUAUUAUGGUCUGAUUACUAUUGCAAUCCAAAACUGAUCAACAGUGUUUGCUAAUUUUCAAAUAUUGCUAAGAAGUGCAUUUACAAUAAGCACACAAAUUGCUGCUUAACUAGUUGAGGUUUUGUGCAUAAUGUUGAUGAUGUCUAAUCAUUAAAGAAUAAGGAGUUGUUAUAAAAAAAGUCUAAAACUGAGUUUUAUGGAGGAAAUUCUCUGUAAUAUGUGUGGGUAAUACUUUGGUUGGAAAUUGAGAUUGACCAAUAUAUUUAUGUAUAGGUGUAUGAUUAACUCAGGGGAAUCCAUCAGCUUUAUGAUUUUUUUUCUAAUAUUGAAAAUCACAGGUAACUGCAUGGCACUAGUCCUUCCCAAAACUAGAAUUUGCUCAUUCAUAGCACUAUGUAGGCUGUAUUGCUUCCUUAGCAAUAGAAAUAUUUAAGCAACUUGCACCAGAAUCCUGUAUUUCUCAAGUCAGACAUGUAUUCUCAAUUCACAGAAAGAUUAGACAUGAAAGUGGGAGAUCCAAAUAUAAUAAUCUUGAUCCUUUUUUUCCAUGGUGAACUAAAACUCAAUUUGAAUAUUUUUUAAUGUUUACUUAUUGUUUGUUUUGAUGCUUUGAUUGGAAUGAUUGAAAUGUUGGUUUUGACAACCAUGAUGUGUGUCAGUAGUUGUUGUGUCUUAAGUGUGUUGGAUUUAUGAGUGACCAUUUGGAUUGAUUACUGAACAAAGUGUUCUACAUUUGUCAAAUAGAACUAAUAAGUAUCUUCUAGUGCAUCAGUGGAUAAAUUAGCAUUGACUUUUAUGACAGGAUUUUAAAAGCUAAUUAUUCUGCAAAGUUCAGGUUUAAAUUUUCUGUAUAGUUUUAUGCUCUGCUCAUGGACCAUACUUAGCAGUCUUUUAUAUUCAUGAUUUCCCACAAAUUUGUACAGAAACAAAAAGUAAAAUGGCUUUAAAUCUGUAAAUUUGUUUAUAGAUUUUUUUUAUUCUUGAAAUUUCAAAGGAAAUUUUACUUCUGGUUACAUGAGUUAAGUAAUGUAAGUGUACAGACACACAAGUACUUUUGGGACCCAAGGAUGGUGUGGAGACUUGAACAGUGGGUUUAUCAUAAUCAAUAUCUUGUGAGCAUUUGAAUGCGUGUCCUUUCCGUGAGUUUUUUCUUCAUAUAAUGUGAUAAAUGAAAAGUGGUUGAAUAACAUAAGUUCCUUCUGAGUGAGUGUCAGUCAUCAUUGAGGCAAGGUUUGCUGUGAAUCAUACUCUGUUGGAUUUGUAUUAUGUACACAAAUUUUGAAACUGUUGUUAAUGUUGAAAACCUAUAGUGCAUAUCGUGUCCCUGAAAUGUUAUUCCCAAAUCUUGUUGAGACCACCCAACACCUGCAGGUGUGAUGCACAUCCCUGGUGGCUGGUGGGUGAGCUGAGUCACCUCAAAGCUUGAUUAGAACAAACUACCUCCACAUUGAAAUAUUAUGGUAGGUGAGGUGGCUCAUAAUUUAUGUUACAUUGACAAAUAAAAUGUAGCUGUUUUCUUCCAUCUCAAAGCAAUAAUGUCACUCAAUUCCUCUUUGUUGGAUCUUAUGAAGCUCAGCAUUGUUUUUGUUGCAUUAAUGACUGCAGUAAGUUUGCAUAUUUAUUAUACUUUAUCCAUAAAUAAGGUUGUGAUUCAUGUAAUCAUGUGAGUUUAGGAAGAUUGAGGUGUAAUUAAGUAUAACCAAUAGAGCAAAGGCAUUUAGCAGAUGAUGUAAGGCUGGAAUUUGACUCUGCUAUUAAAGUUGGUUUGUGAUAUGUAAAUGGACCUGAACUCUGCCAAAGUCAAAGUUUAUUGAGAUAAACAGAAAAAUGAGGUAACUGAAUUGAACCAAGACAACCAAGAGGUCUUCUAUCAAGUGAUUAUUUUUUGGUUUUGGGUCAUCAUUAGCCUGCCCAAGCCUCCUGAAUCCCAAGCUGUAUCCUCCUGCCAUUAACACCUUGUUUCAUGUGGUGGAAAAGGACCAGAAGUUGGCUUCCUUUUCUGUCUCAAAAAGUAUAUUGCUUUAUGAAUGUGUCUAAACUAUUAGGACUCUUAUCUUUGUGACACCUCGAUUUUGAAACUCGUAGAAUGUUUGCAUCAUUUAUGAAGAUAAAAUUUUUGUUCCAUAUGUAUGACAAGAUUAUUUCCCUCUAAUUUUGGUUAGUAUUCCCACAAUAAUGCAUCAUGCAUAUCUAAAUGAAAUUUAAAUUAUUUUAUUAUAAUUCUAAUGCUUACAAAAUUUACUGGACAAAUAAUUAAUACUGACUAACAAAAUUUUAUCUGGUCUCGUAAUUUCACUCCAACAUCCAUUUUUGUGGCUAUUGAAUUUUCCAUUGUUAUAGAAAAAAAAUUGGGCCAUAAUAUUGUGGAUUGUGUUUCACAACCAUUAAUAUGCUGCGAGCCAGUUGUACAAACCUUGGUGUGAAAAGAUGUCCCUUGCAGUGUGUGAUAUUACUGUAGCUUGAGUUAGGUCUCACCUAAUUAUAUAAAUUUGUCAUUGCUCAUUCAUUGUUUUGGUAAUUUGGUUCAUGCAUAUCAGUAAAUAUCCCUCUUUGUUUUCGUAAAUGUCCAGUGAAAUGAAAAUGCAGUUUUGAAAAAUCAUACAAGAUUAUGUGUUACUUUGCUUCACAGGGAUGAUUUCAUGAUCUGGCAGAGUAGAGUGGCCAGGUUUGUUGUAGGUAUGUAGGUAGUGCAGAACAAGGCUCUCUCAAGAACUAUGUGGAGAGGUUACUUUAAAUAUCAACUUGCCAUCUUCUAUGAUACAGCAGUUUUUGUUCAUAUUUUGAUUUUAAUGGGUUUUCACAUUUUCUAAUAAUAACAGUGAAUGCUAAUGAGGCUAUGUACUAUGUAAAUAUCAUUGUAAAUAUAUCUAAUGUAAACAUCUUUUAAUUUUCUAGUCAUCCAUAUGGUGGCCUGUGAGGAGCAUUGGGUGCCCCACUAAUGAGUCCAGUACUAGCACUGGAACACAUGACUGAAAAUUAAAAGGAACAUUGUUGCUCUUUACUUACAAAGAAAGGAAAAAGUUUAAUUUUGAGAUAUUGUUGGCAAGUGGUAAAGUAGCCAUGAAAUUUUGGAACGCUAAUGCUGAGAAGAAAAUGUGCAUUGCAUAUACACUAUAGGAUGUAAUGCCAUGUGGGGCAUAUUGUUGCCUAGAAAAUAAGGGCAGGGCAGAAAUAGGACACACACAUACACACACACACACACACACAGACAUAACUCUGUGGUGUAGUAGAUUAAGCACUACUGCCACCUGGUCACCUGGUAGGCUGAGUUUCACGCCUUGCUCAGACUGAAAAAAAAAAAAAAAUAAUAAUAAUAAUGAUGAUGAUAAUAAUCCAUUGAGAGGAGAGGUUAAUGUCCCACUUUGAGCAAAGGGGAUGUGGGGUGGGAUGUAUGAGGUCUCAACUACACCCAUAGAUCCGUGAAUAUGUAACUCAAAGUGAGGAGGGUACAGAUUGCAGUUGCGAGUUCAGCACAUGAUAAGACUGAGUGAAUUACACACACACACACACACACACACACACACACACACACACACACACACCAUCUAAUCAAGCUCAAAUAUCUAAUCUUCAUGAUAAGUUGAUCUGCUAUAGCAUUUUUGGUGUGAAACCUAAACUACACUGAAGGUGCUACUGCUGUGUGCAUGUACAUUUACUCCUGUACUCUCAAGCUGCCUAAACACAAUAGCUACACUCUACUGCCUUAUUUAUAUAGUAAGCACUGAAAUGAAUGUUUUCUGUAAUGUAAUUUUAGUGAUAGAAAUUAGUUCUGCAGUUUAGACAGGAAGAAGGGUACAGGAGGGGUGCAUACAGGGUUUCUCCCCUUCACUUUUCCAUAUGAACAACAUCCCAUCCUAGGUAAUGCCAUGUAUGACAAUAAAGUUCCCUUAAACCAUCCCUUUGAUGGAAAUAUUCAUAAUGAUAGAAAAUCCUAUAUAAUGGUAUCAGGUUUUAAAUUUUUCUAUUUUUUUCCUCGUGUUGAGCAAAAGUGAUGUAUUUUUAGAUUAACCUCUACAAUUCACAUUCUCAUAUGAUAUUGCAAUGUUUUGAUGGCAUUAUAGGUCAUGAAUAAUUUCUUUCAGCUUCUGCUGUGACCUGUUAUAAUGCAGUAAAAAAUGGCAUUGAUGGCAAAAUCUCGUAGCAAGUAAGAAGUAAGAGACAACCACUAUUGGUAUUUCCUUUCACCCUGUUCUGGGAGGCAAUUAAAGGAAUAAGGAAUUGCUCUCCAGGCCCAGUGUUGUGCUACAAAAUAUCUUCUCAUGGUUUCUUCAUAAGCAUUGCAUUUAAUCAUCACAUGCUGUUAAAGAAAAAGGCAUCUUCCAGAACACCAGUACCAAUUCUUAAUUACUAAAACUAUCACUGCUUAAGUAAUCACAGUUAUUCUUUUAAUUCUUUGAUACCAUUUUCUUAAAACCAUUCAACAAAUAAUGGAAGAAUUUUAAUCAUGAUAUUUUAUGUUAACAUAGAGCUACAUACAUUUUUUUGCUAAAUGUGGAAAAUAUGAUAUUCAUCAGUGGGAUGUGAUAAAUGGAAUGUCAUACUGUCAUAUCCUAGAUAACACCACUAUUACUUUUCUUGGGAUUAAAGUUGUGGGCCCAGCAUAGAACAGUGAAUUCCUGAACAUGGCUUUUUACUCACAUGAAAUAAUGGAAGAUGUUGAGGCAAAAUGUUUUACCUGUUUGCACCGCACUGACAUGAAAAUGAGUGUUGUAAAUGGUAGAUACAAGAAUGGAUAAAGUGCAGCAUUACUCAGUUGAGCUUUAUCAGUUUAUUUAGAGCCAAAACUCAAUAAAAAAUUGUACAGUAAACCCUUGCUAUUAUGGACCUUGAUAUAACAAAUUUUUACUUUAACAAACUUUAUGGGCCAGUCUGGAAUAUAUAGAGAUUUACCAAACAAGUUUGGUAAAUAUGAGAUUCAAUUCAGUGUUGGGCCAUUUGAACAUGUACAUGCAUGUCUGUCGGCAGCGGUGGAAAUGAAGCUGAUCGGGCGGUUCAUAUUUAGUCAGUAGCUUUGUCCGCCCAACUGUAAACACCACUGCUCUUGCCCUUCUGUGACUUGCUUUUCAUCUAAUGUAACAAACGAACUUCUUUAUAUUUAGAAAUGGUUGGAAAUAGUGAACUUUAAGCUUAUAUAACAAAGUUCAUUAUAUAAUGAACAGAGUUUGUUAUGUGCGGAAAGUUGGAUUUCUCGGUUAUAACAGAUUUUUGGAUAUAAUGUCACCCCCUACCCCCCUAUUGGUUCAUUGAAGGGAGGGUUUACUGUAUAUUAUGCCAUUUUUGAGCAAGUUCAGAUUUUGAAAAUCCACGAUCCAAUCUAGCUCAAUUUUUUUCUGACUUUCAGGAGUCAAGUUUUGAGAUCAUGACUAUUGUUAACUCACUGUUCAUGACUAUGAAACAUGUUUGAAGUACCACAGAAAAUAAUUAAUAGUCUAUUUGAAGAUGUGCAUUAACCCUGUACAAACAAGUUUAUUAUUAACAGGAAAGUGCACUAUUUGUCAUAACUUUUAAAAAUGGAAAUUUACAUUGUCUCACUAUAAUAUUGACACUGGUAUAUGUCAUAAAACUGUCAACUUUCAAAGUCGUUUACCAGUAUCUGUAGCUUGUAGAGUAUGAAAAUGGCCUGCACCUCACAAUACCUGCCCAUGUUUCUGUUUAACACUUUCCCUAUUCACCCCUCACUGCAAAGGUGUACCCUUCCUCGUUCCAACCCUUUUCCUUCACCUUUGCUCACAUUCUUGAUUUUAUUGAAAAAGAAAUAGUCAAAAGUAAAUAGCAGGGCUGCUGCCUUAGUUUGGUUAUAUUUUAUGUCAGUGGAUGGGCCAGUAAAUAGUGCCACGCAAGGAUUUAUCAAAAGCUCAUCCAAUUUGUUUUGGUGAUUGAGAGAUUGAUUUAUCAAUCACUAAUUGAUAUAUAUAUAUAUAUAUAUAUAUAUAUAUAUAUAUAUAUAUAUAUAUAUAUAUAUAUAUAUAUAUAUAUAUAUAUAUAUACAUUUUUUUUCCAUUAUAUUUUGUGGGCGGGGUCACAUUUCUCUAAAAUGUAAUGCUGAAGUCAUGGAAAUAGUUUUAAAACUUACAUUACAAAAUGAGACAGAAUUUGAAUGCUAAUAUAGUAGAUGAAACUAGGGUUACAUUAUGAACCAAAGUAUAAUUAAAUCAAGUCUUUUAAGUUUAGGAAACUUAUAUAAACAUUUUGUUUCUUAGUGAGAUAUGUAGUCAGGCCAGCAAUUUUGAGUGUGUUGCUGCUGUUUUGAGAGAUUCUGUUAAGCUGUCAUGUAUACCUUGAUAACCAGUUGCAUAGCUCAGCAGGUAUUGAUAUAAGGGGAACAAAAUGAGGCAAAGCUUUGAGUGUCAUCGUUGUUGAAUCCGACAUAUAUUAGGGCUAUUCUUUAUUCACCUAUGGAUUUAUUUUGUCAGUGCUGAAAUGUUACAUUAUAACAUUUGCUUUUUUAUUAAUUUUACUGCAAAAUUUUAUAUAUAUUUUGAAGUAUUUCCUAUUGUAAGUGAUUACUGUAAUACAUGAAGCUAUUCCUUCUCAGAAUAACUAGCCACCUAAUUACAUCACAGUAAAUCUACAUUUUAUAAUAAGGAUUUGAUAUUGUGCAUGAAAGCUGUGCCCAAAACAGAUUACACCAAGAAACUCGGAUGAUUUUUUUAUUUAUUUUAUACUUUUAUGAGCACAGUCCAAGUCUAUUUAUAUAUUUUUGCCUAAAUAUUGCAUGGUAAAAAGAUAUAUCUAAAGAAGGUACUUCUGUGGCAGUUACGCAUUACUUAUUUUUCCUUAAAUUAUUGUUUUUUUUACAAUCUUUGUACAUAACCUUUUCUGUACUGAGGUAAUUCAGCUACAGAAGAUUAUUUCUUGAUCAAACACUUAAGGUGUACUGCAAUUAAGUGUAGAGGUUCUGCAAAGACACAAUAAUGCAGGCAACUCAGAGCCAUCCUUUCAUAUCAUUACUUAAUUAGGAGUUUAAUUGUGUGUAUAUUUAAUUUUUUUCGUAUCACUGUCCUGGAUCUCUCCAUCCCAUGUUAUAUAAGAAGUGGGGUAGGGACAGGGAUUGAUCAGUACAUAUGUCAUGCGUUGUUUAUUUGCUGAAUCAUGAACAUUAGAAUGGGACAGAGUAAUUCUUUUGAAGAUAUCUAAGCAUACUAGUCAGGCAUGUGGUGAUACCUUGUACAAUCUGAACAAAGAAAGUAGUUUUAGUUGUGACAUUGUCAUGGUUGAUUUGGAUUAAGGUUAGUUUAGCUCUUGUGUUGAUUUUUUUUUAAGUUAAGUGUUUCUGUAGUCAUGUCAACUCUAAAAUAGGCAUGCAUUUUUUUGUGCGAGUUAUAUUGAAAAUUUGAAAAUAACAGUGCAUAAAUAUUUUCACGGAGAAAGUAUAUUUUUGAGGUAUUUGGAAAUGCUCAAAAGCUUAAGCACUGUAAAUCUUCCAGUUUCUUCCGUAAUGUGAAAGUGUAUCUAGAGGGUAAUGUAAUCAUGAAAAAUAGGGGCAUUAAGCAUUUGUUUGCUAAUUUAGCUCAGUAUGUUUCUGUCUGGCUUGGAAAUGAACAAUUCUAAUUUUUAUUCAUCAUUUUUGCUGCAGGAGUAGUGAGAGUAGUUGGUCUUCAGGUGAACAUUUAUUUAUUUGGUUGUUUCCUCUUUGGCAGAAACCAUAUAGUCAUUUAAUAUAAAAAGGAACUUAUUAACUGUAUAUGUAAAUAUUUUAUACAGAAUAAAGUUUCCACAUUGUUGCCCA